CGUACGUUGCGUUUGAUUUAUCGAUUGGCGAGAAUGACAGGAUACAAAUUGGUGUACUUCAAUGUGAUGGGAUUAGGAGAGCCCAUAAGGUUCAUCCUCAGUUACGGUGGCGUACAGUUCGAGGACGUCCGGAUGACAUACGGUUCCAGUGAAUGGUUCAGCAUGAAACCAACGACUCCGUUCGGCCAGUUGCCCGUGUUGGAAAUCGACGGGAAAGUUUACACGCAAACGUUGCCUAUUUGCCGAUACCUGGCCAAACAAUUUAAUCUGCUCGGCAAAACCGAUCUGGACACCCUGCGAAUCGACGCCAUCGCGAACGCUCUUCACGAUUUUAGAAAGAUCGUGAUAUCGUACUACUACAAAGAGCAGGAUCCUGCUCUGAAGGCGAAGAAAAAAGUGGAAGUGCUCGGCCAGACGGUACCGUUUUACCUAAACAAAUUGGAGGAACUGGCCAAGAACAACGACGGAUAUUUGCACGGUGGCCAACUAAGUUACGCGGAUCUGUUCUUCGUUGCCAUUUCGGACGCGAUAAACACCGGUUACGAAGCUGAUAUCACGAAGGACAAGCCACACCUGAAGGCCCUCAAAGAAAAAGUUUUAGCUUUACCGAGUAUCAAAGCGUACGUAGAGAAAAGACCGAAAUUGGAGUAUUAA